AUGCCAUCAAUAGAACACUUUCCGCCCCCGACUGACGUUGCGGCCGCAGCUACUCGGGACGGAGCCGCAGCCACCGCCGGGAACGACGACGACGACAACUCGGUGGAGCGAGGCAGAGGCUUGCCCGAGUCUGCGGGCGAGCGGCAGCCUCUACUGAGCCAAACAGCGGCGCCGGGCGAAGACGAAAAUGGCGAGUGGAAGGCGCCCCGGCACUUUAUGCUCAUUGAGCUGGCCAUUUUCUCCAACGUCUUUCUGUACGGCUUUGACAGCACCAUUACGGCGGCCACGUACGCCGUCAUUGCCUCGGAGUUUGACGCCGUCAAUACGGCCUCGUGGCUCACGACGAGUUACCUGGUCACCAGCACGGCGUUUCAGCCCCUGUACGGGCGCAUCUCGGAUAUCUUUGGGCGCCGUGUUUGCUUUUUUAUUUCCACCGUCACCUUUGCCUUGGGCUGUCUGGGCUGUGGUGUCGCGCAGGACUUUAUACUGCUAAAUCUCAUGAGGGCUCUCACUGGAUUUGGAGGCGGUGGUCUAAUGACCAUGGCAACUAUUGUCAACUCGGACAUGAUUCCCUUUCGUAAGCGAGGCAUGUACCAAGCCCUGCAAAACGCCUCGUUUGGAUUCGGCGCCAUUGCCGGGGCGUCAUUCGGCGGCUCCAUUGCCGACUCCAUCGGCUGGCGCUGGUGUUUCCUGCUGCAGGUGCCAGUGUCUGCCGUGGCCCUGGUGCUGGGCUACUUGGUGAUCCGCAACCCGCACAAUGCCCUGCGCGGAUCCAGCCUCGCCGAUACGUGGCGUGCCGUGGACAUCUCGGGGGCCCUGCUCCUUGUCACUGCCAUUUCGGUGCAGCUCAUCGGGCUCAGUCUGGGGGGCAACGAGCUGCCGUGGAGCAGUCCCUGGGUGAUUUCGUCUCUUGUCGGCAGCGUCGUGUUGCUAGGCCUCUUCUUGGUGGUCGAGGCCAGGACCAAAGCCAUCCCCGUGAUUCCCUUGCGCAUGCUGCACGGAUGGCUUCCCGGUUUGACGCAGGCUACCAAUGUCUGCGUCGGGCUGAGUGCGUACGCUUACCUGUUUAUGCUGCCCUUGUUCUUUCAGGUUGUUCUCUUGGACUCGGCAACCACGGCCGGUGCCCGUCUCGCGAUCCCCUCGCUGGCCACGCCGAUCGGCGGCGUCAUUGCUGGUGUCGUCAUGUCGCGCUGGGGCAAGCUGACGGCGCUCGUGAGAACGGGCGCGGUCCUCAUGGCUGUAGGCAAUGCUUUGGUCACCUCUAUCCAGUUUGAGGAUUCGCUCUGGAAGUAUUAUGUCUACAUUUUCCCGGCCAACCUCGGUCAGGGUAUCGUGUACCCGGGCAUUCUGUUUACAUCUCUGGCAACGUUUGAGCAUGCAGAUCACGCGGUAUGUGCAUCGACAGUUUACCUCAUUAGGUCGCUCGGCACCGUCUGGGGCGUCUCAAUCACUUCUGCCAUCUUGCAGACAACACUGAGCGUCAAGUUGCCAGAAGCCCUGAAUGACGUUCCAAACAAGUGGGAGAUCAUUGACGACAUCCGGCAUUCCGUCGACGCCCUCAGACAGCUGCCUCCUGAUGUUCAGCUCAAGGCGCGGUUGGUGUACUAUCAAGGACUGCAGUACUCUUUCGCGGCGUCGACUGGUAUCGCAGCCAUAGCUGUCAUCACAUCGAUUUUCAUCAGUGGCAAGGGAUUACGAAAGACCACGAGCUGA